GAAGCGCAUAGUGUGCGAGCAUCACCGGUUGAAUGACAACGCACUUGUCUCGCUUUAUGCUGAGUCCGAGAAAUAGUAUGGUUCAGUUUACUGGAGUGUAAGCGACUCGUCUCCGGUGAAGUAGCCUAAUAGUAAUAUUACGAUCAAUCAACCGACUUUCGGUUCAACGUUGGAAAGCAAACAUAACCAUCGAUGGUAUACAGAGAAAGAUGAGCAGCAAUCUAAGCUUCUAGAACUGAGGCAACUGCCGGUAAAUGAGAGGCCGUCACCAUGCCCCCGGGGGACUAUGGGUUACGGGCGGAGUGGGAGAAGGAGGGGGACCCAGAGAUCAUGAUAGACUUCCUGCUCCCCACCGGGAUCCUCCUGACGUUCUCGGUGUCUCGCAACGACACCGUCAAGACCAUAAAGAAAACCGUGUGGCGGAACGCCAGCAGCGAGCCUCUGUUCGGGGCGCUGGGCAAUCCGGACGCGUACGUGUUCACCUGCAUCAACUCCACGGCCGAGCGGGAGGAGCUGGAGGACGAGAGCCGCCGGCUGUGCGAUGUUCGGCCCUUCAUGUCCGUCCUGCGGCUGGUGGCGCGGGAGGGCGACCGCGUUGAGAAACUCACCAACACCCAGAUCAGCCAGCUGAUCGGCAAAGGCCUCCAGGAGUUUGAGUCCCAGAAGAACCACGAGGUGAACGAGUACCGUGCCAGGAUGCGCUCCUUCUGUGAAGAGAAGGCCAUGGAGAGGCAGCGGUUGCCGUGGUACCAGUGGAUGGAGUUCAGCUUCCCUUGUGACCUGGAACCCUGCGCUUCACUGCCCGGUUCCGGAAGCUUCAAGUCCAAAAACAGCAAGAAAUUAUUCGUCAACGUCAAGUUUGACGCUAGCGAUGAGAGCUUCAUGCUCCAGCUGGACUCCCAGGACCUCCCUCUCAGCUUGAUGCGGAACGCCCUGAAGAAGAAGGCCACCGUGUUUCGCUCAGUCAAGCAGGAGCCUGAGCACUACACCCUCCAGGUCAACGGGCGAUGGGACUUCAUCUACGGAAGACAUCCCCUGUGCCAGUUUAAGUACAUUUUCUCGUGUCUGCGCGGCGGCCAGAACCCUCAGCUGACGAUGGUGCAUCACUCCACCAUCGUUAAGUACCAGGACGAACAAGCCGGCGCCUGCAGCCAGAUGACCAAGAGUCGAUCGUCGUCCAAACCUCCACCUCUACCCCUGAAGAAGCAGAACACGUCUUCACUGUUCACCAUAGAGGAGCCUUUACAGAUUCAUCUGCUGCGCGACAAAGUCAACGCAGAGGAAGGGAUGAAGCUGGUGGUGCAGGCAGGCCUGUAUCACGGCAGCGAGCUGCUGUGCAAGGUAGCGACCAGCAGCGAGGUGACCGUCAGCUCUGAGCCAGUGUGGGACCAGAAGCUGCUGUUCGACAUCACCGUGGCCGACCUGCCCCGCAUGAGCCGCCUGUGCUUCGCUCUCUACGCCGUGGUGGAGAAGAACAAGAAACCCCGCGGCACCAAGAAGAAAAACAAGCGCGCUGAUUGUCCCAUAGCGUGGGUCAACACCAUGGUGUUCGACUACAAGGACCAGCUGAAGACAGGGGAGUUCCUGCUGCCCAUGUGGCCCUCCAUCCCAGACGAUAAGACCGACGUGUUAAAUCCCAUGGGCACAGUGGAGAAGAACCCCAACAUAGACAGCGCAGCCGGACUCCUGAUCUCCUUCCCUAACGUCAGACCGUAUCCCCUCUACUACCCCCCGCUAGACAAGUUGAGCGAACUGGAAACAAAUGGAGGUAAAGUUGUCAUCACCAAAGAGGAGUCGACGAAGCUGAAGGAGAUAAUGGACAACAAGAACUACACGGAGAUCUUCGAGGACGAGAAGGAGCUGCUGUGGAAGGCGCGGGCAGAAGUGUGCGAGCGUUACCCAGAGAGCCUGUCCAAGCUGCUGCUCAUCACCAAGUGGAACAAACACGAGGAAGUGGUGCAGAUGGUGGCGCUGCUGAGGAAGUGGGCGGAGCUUCCUGCCCUCCACGCUCUGGAGCUGCUGGACUACAGCUUCCCGGACCCCAACGUCCGCGCGUUCACCGUCAGGUGCCUGCGCAAGCUCCGCGACGACGAGCUUCUGCAGUACCUGCUGCAGCUGGUGCAGGUGCUGAAGUACGAAGCCUACCUGGACUGCGACCUCACCACCUUCCUGUUGGAGAGAGCCCUGUCCAACAAGCGGAUAGGUCACUUCCUGUUCUGGCACCUCAGGUCCGAGAUGCACGUGGCUUCAGUGAGCCUGCGGUUUGGUCUGAUCCUGGAGGCCUACUGCCGGGGCAACAUCUACCACAUCAAGACCCUGAUGAAGCAGAACGAGGCGCUGGGGAAGAUGAAGGCUCUGAACGACUUUGUGAAGUCGGGUUCUCAGAAGACUUCCCGCCAGCAGACCACGGAGGACAUGAAGCUGUGCAUCAAACAGGAAGCCUACCUGGAGGCCCUGUCUGACCUGCUGUCCCCUCUCAACCCCAGCAUCAUCCUGUCUGAGAUCUGUGCGGACAGAUGCAAGUUCAUGGACUCCAAGAUGAAGCCGCUGUGGUUGAUGUACAAGAACCCCUGGCUGCAGGGUGAAACCCUGGGCAUCAUCUUCAAGAACGGAGAUGAUCUUCGUCAGGACAUGUUGACCCUCCAGAUGAUCCAGGUCAUGGAAAUCCUUUGGAAGAAGGAGGGUCUGGACCUGAGGAUGAUCCCUUAUGGCUGCCUCUCCACCGGGAACAAGACAGGCCUCAUCGAGGUGGUGAAGAACUCCGACACCAUCGCCAACAUCCAGAGGAACAACAGCAACAGCGCCGCCACCGCCGCCCUCAACAAGGAUGCCAUCCUCAACUGGCUCAAGUCCAAGAACCCAGAAGAUAAGCUGGAUCAGGCCAUUGAAGAGUUCACCCUGUCCUGUGCUGGCUACUGUGUUGCUACGUACGUCUUGGGCAUAGGAGACCGCCACAACGACAACAUCAUGAUCAAGGAAAAUGGACAGCUGUUCCACAUUGACUUUGGCCACUUCCUGGGGAACUUUAAGAGCAAAUUCGGGAUCAACAGGGAGCGUGUGCCUUUCAUCCUGACGUACGACUUCGUCCACGUGAUUCAAGAAGGCCGGACCAACAACAGCGAGAAGUUUGAGAGGUUCAGGGCCUGCUGUGAGCAGGCCUAUAAGAUCCUGUGUCGGAACGGCACUCUGUUCGUCAACCUGUUUGCCAUGAUGAAGGCUGCAGGUCUGCCAGAGCUUAGCUGCUUCAAGGACAUCCAGUAUCUGAAGGAUUCUCUGGCUUUGGGGAAGUCUGAGGAUGAAGCGCUGAAGAGUUUUAAAGUCAAGUUCAACGAGGCUUUGAGAGAGAGUUGGAAGACGAAGGUGAAUUGGAUGAUGCACUCCUGGGCCAAAGAAAGUAGGCUUUGAGACCCCCCAAUGUUUGGAGAAACUUGAAGACCAACCAGAUCCCCUCAGUCCAUCCUGGGAGUCUAAGGAGACAGCUGGGGGGGAAACAGACAAAUAAACACAAUGCACUGAGGCAGUGCCGGUCCUAAUACAUUUGGCGCCCUAGGCUAGGUUUGUCUCUUACCCGGGGCGCCCGCCACACGGACAUAUGACGUGCUGUGGUUAGCCCCCUCUGCUGUUAGUGCGUUUGAAAAAACUUUGAAACAAUUGAAACAAUUGAAACAAUUGAAACAAUUGUGCAUACAAUUGAAAAUUGUAUGCACUCUGGAAAUUGCCGCUCCCCUCUUCAUGCCGCCCUAGGCGGCUGCCUAUGUCACCUGUAGGAAGGGCCGGCACUGCACUGAGGGCUCUGACUUUGAGGAUAAAUAUAACUUACUAUACGAAAUACAAAGAAAAAGGAUUCUGGAAAUGUUUACACCGGACUUUGAAAACUUGUUUGAUUUAUGAACUGAUGUCGAACUGCAAGUGUUGAUGAAGAACAUUUUUUCAAGGAAGAGCUUUCCAAAGAUGAGGAAAGAUGCAGUUAUUUUGCCUUUAUUUCAAAACAUAAAGAUAUUACCUUCACGGAAACCACUUUCUACAGACGAAUCUUCUAAUCAUCAAUGCACUUGGAAAAGGGAUUGAAGUUGCCUGAUAUAAAUUGUACUAUUAGCAUCCUAAACUAUGAACUGAUACCGACAUUUACACUGUUAUUGCCAUAUGUAAUGACACAGUGCUUUAGCACGUGGUUAAUAUCAAAGCUCUCAUAAGUAAAUUACUUUAUCUGUGGUGUGUUCAUAUAGACAGUAUGGUUUACAUUUACAACGGUUCAAUGAUUUCUUCAGCAGUUAUUUUGGGGGGAUUUUGCUCAACUAUUUUGCUGAAUUUUAGAUUGCUGGACUGAUAGAUUUGCAAUGUUUUUUUGCUUUACAAACAUCUGCAAAUUUGAGCUUUGUGUGAGUACUUCAUCGAGAUUUGACCUUCCUGAUGUGGAUAUCGGCCUUACUGUGUUUAAAGUGUUGUGUUUGAAACACUGUGGAAAAGCUUGUCCAGGUAUAUAAAUGACUAAAGCCCUCAAGACAACAUUCAAGACCCACUUCAUCUUACAUCCAUCUUCUUGAGAAAGCCAGAAAGAUAAACCUUAAUAAGUCAGCAAAACCUUAAAGUAUUUGAACCAUAAGUGCCGAUUAAUGGACGCUGUCAAAUCAGGGAUGCCAGGUUGAUUUCUCCCAAAUUGGCCACAUAACUCUUGAUGGACCCAGACCCUGAGCUUACAAUAAGUGCCAAGACUCUGACUUGAUCCAGACUCUGACUUGAUCCAGACUCUGACUUGAUCCAGACUCUGACUUGAUCCAGACUCUGACUUGUUCAAACACCAGAUUAGACCCAGAACCAGACCCAGAGACGGGCCUCUGUUCCCAUGACCCAGACAACAAAAUCAGCAACAAUGGAACUGAAUCUCUGGGAUGUGUAAUAAGCCAUAACUUGGUUAUAGCCUAGUUAUAACAGCUUAAAACAAUAUGUUUCAGUUUUCUUCUCCAUAUCUACCAUCUACCUGCUGAAUACUGUGAACCAUUCAAGGUACUCCAGGUAACACUUUAUCUAGAGAGUCCCUUGUAAACCUACUUUAGAUGCUCAUACCAUCAACAAACUAUUGACACAAUGGCCUCAACUCUGAUGAUAUUGAACAACUGGUUUGGGUUUAUGGUAAUUGGGGGUAAUCAAUGGUAAUUUUCCAUUUGUUGAUAGUUUAUUGAGUAUAUAUUGAGCUUUUAUAGAUCACUUACAAAUUGACUCUCAGAUUUUGCGUUACCGAGUUACUCUGUUUAAAUCUAGCUCAGCUGAAUAAAUCUAUGAAAUAAAAUACCUCUUCAGAGAUGUAAAUACAGGGAAAGAGAUUUCAAUCACACAUAUUGGCUUUGUUUCUUCGGAUUUUCUGAUAUUUAAGCGAUAUAUUGUAAAGGAUCCACUGUGCCUAUGCAUUGUUACUUUUUUGUUUGAGUAAGUGACUGUGACUGUGAGAGGAAAGCUUAUUUACAACCAUCAUACAUGUAAUGUAUUGUAAUUCGACUGUAUUGUUCCAGUAGCUUAAUGCACUCGUCAUAAAGAUCUCAUCUCAUAGGUCAUGAUGUUGUCACAAUAUCCAUCAAGGAUAACUUUAAGGAUGUGUGUGUGUCUGUGUGUGUAAGAACUUCUAAACAUUGUUUUUGUUGUAUUUUAUACUUAAAGUCUUCUCUAUUUUGUUUGCUGUGUGAAUUUCAACCUUGAUGGAGAACAAUGGGAUCAUUCUUUUAUGAAACACUCGGAAUAGCUUGAACUUGAAGAUCAUUCAUACUGUUAUUUUACAGUGCUACUGGACUGGUGCAAUUCAUUUUAAAGUUCACAUACAACAGUUAAUGUAGUUUUAAAAGCAGUUUUAGAAUCAAAUGCUUUUUCUACAACUGUUGUUCUAAGCAUGUGGCAUGCUGAAUCUUGUGAGACAGUUUAGGAAACACAAACAUUCUGGAACUGCGUUAAAACUGUCUUAGUUGUUUGUAAAGAACCCAGCUUGUAAAAGUCUAGUGAUGUUUCUUUGGUUUUUAUGUUUUUGUAAGAUUGUGUUUGAUCCGUUUUCUGUGCUAUGAAUUACGAAGUCAGUUCACUUCACCUGCCACUGUAUCAACUAGCUUCAGUAUCAUGUCAACUACAUUUACCAUAAAUCACCAGCUUGAAGCAUUUGACAGGGUAACUGCAUUGGAUUGACUUUCAAAUACUCCGCUCUGCUGUUUAUUGUGGCUGUGUGUACAAUCCCACUAAUGAUCUGUAUGCACCCCUUAUCAGUGCAGUUGUACAAUCUGUGUUACCCUAUAUCUAUCCAUCCACCUAUUCAGAGUUAACACUCUUUAACUGAGAGAAACUGGAGUUAGGGGUUCUGUGGCCAACAGUUUUUCCUGCCCUGUUUUGAACUUUGAGUGUGUUCAUUCUUUGUUUUACCUGUACAUUCCUCAGUAGAAGCCGUUUUGUGUGAUAAAAGAGAGACAAUACUG